AUGGGACCAGGACCUGUCAUAAUUCCAGAAGGACAAAACAGUAGCAGUCCAGAUGGGCUGGAAAUGGGACCAGGACCUGUUAUAUUUUCAGAAGGAGCGUCCCUCACGAGUGUGUUGAGUAAUACAGUGCAAGUUGAGCCAGAAACAGCCGUGGUGGAAGAACAUGUGCAAGAAACAUUACCAGAAAGCGUCGCCAUCCGACAAACCAUUCAACAAGAUAACCUCUUCAACUUGAGCUCUACUCUACACGCUCUCUAG